CCAAAUGUCAAAUUGACAUUUAUUUUGUAAGCAAGUUUGUUUCAGCUUUUAGACACAGUAAACAAUAAUUUAAAGUAAAUAAAUAUUAAUAAAUCUUACUAAAAUGAAUCACAAUCAAAUGAACAUGCAUGUGCCUAUGAACACCGUUGGUGGGACCCCGAAUGUGGGCAUGCAAAUGCCGGUACCAGGCACAAUAAUGCAGCAGCAAUCUCCUCAACAAAUGCAGCAACCUGUGAUGCCCCAGCAGCCUCAACAGCAGGACAAAAUGGACAAUAUAUCAAGAGUCAAAACUCUAAUGGGAUCACUCCGAGAAUCAAUACCCAUGACUCUGAAGUCUGCAGCUCAGAUUUUACAUCAGAAUCAUAAUGUAGAUUCAAAUUCACAGAAGGGCAUUGACAACCCGGUACCUAGAUUUGACAAGAACUUAGAAGAGUUCUUCUCAAUUUGUGAUCAGAUGGAACUGCAUCUGCGUACUGCAAUAACGUGCAUUCAACAAGCGCAGUCAGCGGCGCACUACCUGCCUAUGACCGUCAUGCCGUCAAGAUUGGACACUGGACCUGCCACCACGGACACGUCUCUCAGCUACCCGCAGUACCUGAACACGGUGCGCCUGCAGAUCACAUACGCUAAGGACAUACACGACACGCUGGUGGCGGCUGCGCAGAACAUCUCCCCCACUGAGUAACUGUGUUAGCACGUAAGCAUAAUUAUUUUUAAUUUAAUAAAUAGAAAUAAAUUAUUGUCAAUUUAA